AUGGCAGACUCACAAUACGAACCCUCAGAAAUUGAUCCUCAAGAUCAAGCUUGGGACGACUGGUCCAACGAUGAAGAAGAGCAAGAGGACUCCCAAUGUCUGUUCUGCCCCCAGGUCUUCCCUCAGCCCUUAGAGACAUUCAAGCACAUCAAAGAAGCCCAUGGGUUUGAUUUCCAAUCUGUUCGACAAUCCCUCCAACUCGAUUUCUACAAAUGCAUUCGUAUGAUCAACUAUAUCCGUCAACAAGUCAAAGCAAAUCCCGAGUUCAACAGCGUCCAGUUCAACGGCACAGAAGCCUUCUUCAACGACGAUGCUUUCUUGCAGCCUGUAAUGGAAGAGGACGCUCUUCUGUUUGCAUUUGACGAGCUUGAUCUCAACGAGAAUGAUGGUCCUGCUGCACCCGAGAACACAGCGUUUCCUCCUUUGCCUGCCAUCGACCUCUCUCAAAUCCAGACCAGCACUGAGCUCGAACGACAAUUGCUCAAAUUACUGCAAGCAACUCAAGAAAACAACAGCAACUUGGAAGGCCAGUUUGAGGAAUACAAAAACAUGGUGAAAAAGACAUUCUUUGAGCCUCUGGCCAACGAAGGCAGUGCUGCUGAUGCCAACAAGAAGUCGGUUGCUCUCGUGGAUGAAGGCAAUUACUAUUACAAUGGUUAUGCUCACAACGAUAUUCACGAGCAGAUGCUCAAGGACACAGCACGUACAGAGGCAUACCGUGAUUUUGUAUACGAAAACAAGGAUGUGUUCAAGGGCAAGGUUGUCCUGGAUGUUGGUUGUGGUACUGGUAUUUUAUCCAUGUUUGCUGCCAGAGCAGGUGCCAAGCAAGUUUUCUCUGUGGACAACUCUGCCAUCAUUGAGAAGGCCAAGCUCAAUAUCAAGGAAAAUGAGCUCGAUCACAUCAUUACGUGCGUGCGUGGUAAAGUAGAGGAAAUCGAGUUGCCUGUGUCCCAGGUCGACAUCAUUAUUUCAGAGUGGAUGGGCUACUUUUUAUUGUUUGAAGCCAUGUUGGAUUCCGUGCUGGUAGCUCGUGAUCGUUGGUUAGCGCCCAACGGUAUCAUGGCACCCAGCCAAACCCGCAUCUUGAUGGCUGCUCUCGACGACAAGGACCUCAAAGACGAUCGCAACAACUUUUGGAAUGAUGUGUACGGAUUCAAAAUGACCGCCAUGAAGGAGCCCGUUGUCAAUGAAGCCGUUGUGGAUUUCUUCAAUGCCAACAGUGUUGUGUCUGAUAUUGUCACACUGAAAGACUUGCCUUUGCAGACUAUCACUAUCAAGCAGUUGGAUUUUGUCAGCAAGUUUGAAGUGCAAAUAAAGCGUGAUGGUGUGGUUACUGCUUUUGGCGGUUGGUUUGAUACCUGGUUUACAAGAGAUGGACAUGCUAUUCCUGCAGACAGAGAGGCACAAAAGGUGGAAGGCGAGGUCUUUAUGACAACAGGUCCAUUUGGACAAGACACACAUUGGAAGCAAACUUCAUUUAUUCUCGAGACACCCAUUCCAGUCAAGGCAGGCGACAAGAUCCAAGGCGUCUUCACAUGUCACAAGGGAACUGACAAUCCCAGAGAGUUAGAAUGUGAAAUCGAGUACUUUGUGGAUGGCCAAUCCAAGGUGCAAAAUUUCUUUUUGGGCUCGUCAUAA